GCAGAUUUAGUGAUAACUAUUACCAGUUAUUAUUAUUAUGGUCUUUACAAUUUGAAGUACAAUUCAAAAACAUUAUUUAUGUAAGCAGACCCCGGACCCAUCUCAAAUUUCCAAAACGCACCACACGAGACCACGUAAAUGACACCAGUAUACGUAUCGCUCGAUUUGAAGUUUUAGCUGCGAGCUUCGAGCUAAAUAUGUUAUUUAUUUCAAAACCACAAUACUGUUGAUUUCUAGAGCCAAAACUUUUUAAGAACUUAGCAGCUGCUUUAUUCAAUUAUUAAUUACGUUAAUCCCAUUUCCCGACUUACUAAAUUUUUCCUUGUCAAAUUAAAACUACCGCAAAACACGUGGGAGGGCUUGGAAAAGAACUUAUGCCUUUCAAAAUUAUAUCAUAUGAUGUAAUGAUACCGAUAAGAUUUAUAUACAUAUUGGAUCUUGUCUCUAUAAUGCAAAACACAGUGGAUUUCUUGCUAUUUACAGAUCAAAACAGUGUAAAAUUUAACGGUGGUAAACCAUAAUUGAAGAAGGAGAAUUGCACCUUUUCUUGUUGAAACUUCCGGUUUCUCCACACAGUUCAGGAUCUGCAUGAACAGAGCAUCGGGCCACAGCAGGGAUAUUAAACCAAAUUUCGUUGCCUCAAUUCGGGUUGUAACUGGAGUAAGUAUGGAUAACAACACCUCGUCUUCAGGUGUUCAACAGCAACCUAACUAUGGUGUCAAAGCGUUAUCCAAAGUUCUUCCUGUUGCCAUAGCAAUAACUUUGAUUAACGGACUAGUGUUCGUCAUUUUCUACAGAAGGAAAGCCCUCCGUACGACAUCUAACUACUUACUACUGAGUCUAGCGAUAUGUGACUUCUUGACAGGAACAAUCAACAUUCCAUACUUCAUUCUUUUCUCUUCCUAUGUUGAACCACUAGCCACGUCAGCAAUUUUUUUUUAUGGUAUGUAUAUCCUGCACAAUCUUAUGGCCGUAUCAGCUGCUUAUCACAUACUCGCCAUAACCGCGGAAAAGUAUUUAGCAAUUGUCAGACCACUCAGGCACUACUUGGUAACCAAGAAAACUGUGUGGAAAAUUUUGGUGGGAAUCUGGAUCACGUCUGCGUUCAUUGCUGUCAUACCUAUCUCUUGGAAUGAAAGUAAAUCAAAGGUUACGUGGUACAUUAUCCAUGCCACAUUGUGCAUUGUCUUGGUAUUCCUUGUCCCGUAUACAUUUAUGAUUUAUGCAUUCACGGCCAUGUUCAAAGUGAUUGUCAAGAGAAAACGGCCGUCAAUUAAUAGAAAAUCAUCAAGAUUGCAACGGAAAAACAUCAGUGACCAAAAAUGUGUCUUAGUUUUUGCAUUGAUGGCGGCAAUAUUUGUAGUUUGUUGGCUGCCAUACUUUAGUCUCACGCUAGCAACGUACGUCAAACGUUCCCUCGAGCUCAAGUCAGGCAGUUCAGCAUUAAUGGAAAAAGCUGUCGAAGUAAUCGUUAUUAUUCGAUACAUGACAUCCAUCACCAAUCCUCUGCUCUACACGUUUUUUAAACGCGACUUCAGGCUGGCCUUACGAAAACGUCCCCUAAAAUAUGGAUCCACUACCAUUCCAUUAAGGAGCACAUCGAAAUAAAUAAGUCAAUUCUUCUUUUCUUAGCCGAAAAAUUACACGAGUUCUACUGGCAGCAGAAAAGAAUCACUGGUAAUUAAGAAACUGCGAUACACAAACGAGCACUGGGAACGACGUAAAUGUACAUGCAUUUGACAUAACUUCCACAUAAGUACAAAGCGAUCUGAACGGUAUAAAAGAGCCUGUUACUAAUCAGGGGAAGUGUAACAUGUUGAAAAAUGGCAUCAGAGGCAAAGACAUGAAAGAAACUGUCAUUGCCUACGUCGACGACGAUUGCAAAGUCUGAUGAUGACGAUAUGAAAUAAUUCGAUGAUGGUGAUGAUUAUUUACUGUUGUAUAUAUUGUUAGAAAACAGUACUAAGAAAAUACGCACGCUGAUUGGUUAAAAAUCAUGUUUCUGUAACUCGAUGGAAACACA